ACGCGUUUGUAUGUCAUGCGAAUAAAGCAUCUUGACUUGAGUAGAAUGAGAUCGGAUGAGUGACAGCGAGGGAGAGAGGUGGAGUGAAACGCGGUUCCAUUACGUCGUUUCAAGCAUAGGCUCGCUGAGAUGUCCACAGGUGUAAAGCGCACACGAAGCCGCUAUAGUCGCAAAGAACUUCUGCAUUUCACCCACGGAACGACUGGACAUAGCGCUGAACAUAGAAAAGCAUGAUUACAACAGUAAAGUAAUGUUCUCUCAAUUAUGGAACGAACUUGUCCGCGCACUCGCAAAGCGCACUGGCCAUUUGGGAAACUAGCCUAACCUUGGCGGACUAGGAGAAACCCCAAAGACAAGAUUUAUAUGAAGGGAGAAGCGUCAUUGCCGCACCAGUCAGCGCCCCCCUGCUCCGCCCGUCCUGCAUCCAUGUCUGUGUCCGUGAGGAACCCGCCUCAGAGGCGGAAGUCCCUGGGGCCCGUGUCCCCGAAACGCCUCUACAGGAACCUGUCCGUCAAGCUGAGGCGCGGGGAGCCCAACUCAGCCAGCGAAUCAGAGGCCCCCAACCGCCACUGCAAAGCCGUGCCCGCACAGUAUAAGUCGCUGUGGGAGGCAGUGGAGAACGAGGACACGCUGGCAGUUCAGAACCUGCUGUUGAAGGACCGAGCAGCAGGUGGAGGAGGAGGAGGAGGAGGAGGAGAAAGGCGGGAGAAGGAAAAGGAGAAAGGAGUGAACAGGAUCAGUGAGCAGGGCCUGGUGCCCCUCGAUGUGGCAGCUCUUACCCACAAUUCCCCUCUGCUCCACGUGCUCAUCAAGGCCGGGGCCCGACACAAUCCCAACUUGAACCGUCCCUCUGAUUGGCUGGUGAAGCUGGACUCGCUGGUGGCUCUGGCAGGGCAGAGGGUGGAGGAGUGGAGGGAGGAGGUGCUGGAGAGGGUGGGGGCGGGGCCGCAGGGGCAAGCCGACGCCCAGAGGCAGCUCCGCAUCUGGACCCUCCGGCAGCAGCUGUACUGGAGGAUGAGGGAGCACUUCCGCCACACAGCUCUUCCUGGACCUCCCAGCUGCGUGUUGCUGCUGGUGACCAGUGCGACCUCUCUGUCGGUAUCCUUCGGUGAGCCAGAUGGCAGCGGUACUGGGCUAGUCACCCGCUACAAAGUGGAAUGGAGCAUCUCUCCAAGUUUCAAGCCCCUGUGUGGCUCUGCCCUUGUCCUGGACACGAAAAGCCUGUUCUACAACAUUACCGACCUCCAGUCCGGACUACAGCACUUUGUGAGAGUGUGUGCUUACAACGUCAAGGGAUGGGGGCCUUACCAGAGCUCCAGUCCGGCCAGUGCUGCCCCCUCCAGCUGGAGGGAGUGUGUCGGCGUCAAAGUGCGCAGCAAGCGGCAGGAGGCAGGAGUGCGGAGGCUGCUGGAGCAGAUCAGGCAACCGCACUACAGGGGAUACUGCAUAGAGAGCUCCAGACAGCUGAGCUCCAGUAAGCGUCUGUCUGUGUCCCGUGGCUUAAAGCAGCUCUUCCACUCAGCCACCAAGUUUGUCCGUCUGCUGCAGAGGGGAGUGUACUUGGCUGCUGUGUUUUACCACAAGGACAACAUCCUGGUCACUGCGGAUGACCAGAUCCCAUUGGUUGAGAUCCAAAGCUGUUCCACCUCUGUCACGCAGGACUUCCUUUGGUUUGCCAAGCUGUCCUGCGCCUGGCAGCAGGUACCCUGGCUCCAGCAGGCCCUCUCCUCCUCCCUCUCCUCCUCCUCAUCCCUCCUUCAGAACAGACACAGCAUCCUGCGGGCUGUGGCACAGCUUCAGUCCUCUCUUGGCACAGCGGAUCUGGGACAGGUGUACUACGAGCCCCUGAAGGACAGACACGGGAACGUCUUGCUGGUGACGCUGCGGGAGUGCGCGCCCCCUCCCCACGCGCCGGACCCCCCCCUGCACUGGAUGGCCCUGUCCCGCAUGGACAGGAACAGGCACAGGACGCCCCUGCUGCCCGAACCCACGGCCGUGGACACGCUCAACGAGCAGCUGAAGGAUAAGCUGGCCUACCACCGACGGGGCACCCAGAGGGCCCAGACGGGCCUGUAUGUCGGGGUACUGAAGCUCAGCAGUUCAGUGGACCAGAUCAGGGUUCUGGUUCCCCAGAAGAUGCCCAACCUGCUCUGUCACGCCAAGGUCCGACAUAAUCACCACGUCUCCCGCGAAGAGUGGGCGUGGCUACAGGGUCUGACUGCGGUCGGUCAGCCUGUGAUUGACUGCACGGAGGCCCAGGCGGAGCUGGAGGAGUUUGUGAGGUCGUUGCGAUCGGCGGUCAGCGCCCUGCUGACGAAGCUGAGCAUUCCCCUCUACAGGGCUCAACAGUACCGCAUGUACACCCAAGAGCUGCUGCAGUUUGGGGACCAGCUGUCUAUGCUAUUGCUGCUACCCCCCAGCGAAGACUUCAGCGCCAGCCCCAGCCCCCGCCCCAUGGACUGGGUGAAGGACCCCACCCUCUCUCUGCCACUGCAGAUCUUUGAGCUGGUGCAUUUCUGGGCGUAUGAGCGGGACUUCCUGUCCCAGUACUGCCAGGCUUGGGUGCGGUUGGAGCUGGACUCCCACCUAUCCCAGCAGGCCCUGCGGGAGGCACUGGACACCAAAGAGGUUCAGGAGGCGAAGGAACGCCUGGAACACAUCACAUACCUCUUACAGAGUGUGGACUCCCUGUGGCGGGAGGCUCGCUGGAUCACGGACGUGCUGCAGUACGUCCGUCUCAAACACAUGGGCGGGAUGGCUCAGCUGGGCCGCCUCAUGGGAGGGGAGCCGCCCAUCCCCGAAACCAUCCCUGAGGAGGAGGAGGGGAAGGGGAAGGACCAGCCCUCCCCGAGCCUGCCGCACCCUCACCCUCACACCCCAGAGAGUGUGCAGGGCCUGCUCCUCGGCGGUGAAUACGCCGGCCAAGCGGACGUCCCUGGAGACGUCCCUGGAGACGUUCAGCAGGAUGCGGUCACCGGGGGAGGGGCCGGCGAAGGGGACAGAACAAGGCGGGGCCACUGGAGCCCCCCAGGAACGACGCCGCGCGGCUUACCGGAACUCUCCGCCCAGUGUACGUCUCAGGUGGCGGCGAGCUGCAGCAGUCGCUGCGUCCACGGCGACGGGGGCGGGGGCCACGGGGGCCACUGGGGCGGGCCCGACGUCUGCCCACAGCCGGAGCGGGAGGCCGGGGCCGGGGACGAGUCUGUCCGCGCCGUGACGGACCCGUUCCGCGGACUGGCCCUGGAGACGGCGGAGCGGGAGGCGCUGUGCGGUUUCCCGAGCUCCGCGCCGAGAGACCGCUUCGAGACGGCGAGACCGGCGGACCCCUUCGGUUACGCGUACGACGACGACGACGACGGCGAUGACGUUAGCGCGGCCGCCGGCUGCACCGUUUUAGGGGAUGAGAUCUGCGUCGGGCCGGGAGCGUGGGACCCGCUCGGAUGCCCCUGCGCUCCGCCGCUCGUACUGGGACCCCAGUAUGACCCUCCCGCUGGGACUGGGAGCGCUGGACUGGUAGAGCGUGUGGCGAUUACCCCUGGCAGCAGGACUCGCGGGCUGCCUGCGAGGAGCCUGGUUGAGUGGGUGAGCUCCACUGCGGAGCCGUCCUGA